AUGCCACAAGCGGCAAGAUGGGUGGGAUCGCCCUCCAUCAAGGGAAAGUCCGAGUCGAUGCGGAUGGCGCUGUUGACGUUCAGCUUGUUGGGGUUACAAUUCACAUGGGGCAUUGAGAUGACCUACUGCACGCCGUACCUUCUACAGCUCGGUCUCACGAAAUCACGAAUCUCGCUUGUGUGGAUUGCUGGCCCUCUAUCUGGAUUGAUCAUCCAGCCUCUGAUUGGUGUUAUAGCGGACCGUUCACGAUCGAAAUGGGGGAGACGCCGGCCCUUUAUGAUUGGUGGUUCGGUACUCGUCGCCCUGUGUCUGAUAGUUCUGGGAUGGACGACGGAGAUUGUUAGUCUAUUCGUGAAAGAUGCGGAAAGGGCCAAAAGCGUCACCGUAGCUGUUGCUGUGUUGAGUAUCUAUGCGGUUGACUUUGCGAUCAAUAUCGUCCAGGCUUGUUGCCGCAGCUUGAUCGUGGACACGUUGCCCAUUCCCUUGCAGCAAGCGGGUUCCGCAUGGGCAACGCGGAUGUCGGCUAUUGGGCAGCUCAUCGGUUAUGCGAUAGGCUCAAUUGAUACGGUUAGCAUAUUCGGUGGCGCCAUCGGUGAUACGCAAUUUAAACAGAUGACAGUCAUUGCUGCACUCUCUCUCCUCGGGGCCGUUUCCGUUACGUCGUACGCAGUGAAGGAGAGAGUCUUGAUUACCGCCAGGGGUUCCGACGAAAAAGGAGGGACAUUGCAAGUCAUUUUUCAGCUUCUCAAGACCACGAUGGACCUCCCUCCUCGCAUCCAAGCAAUCUGCUGGGCGCAAUUUUGGGCUUGGAUUGGCUGGUUUCCCUUCCUCUUCUAUAGUACAACUUGGGUUGGUGAGACGUAUUUUCGGUAUGAGGUCCCCAAAGACACACCACAAUCCAAGGACUUUCUUGGCGAGAUCGGUCGGGUCGGUAGUUUGUCCUUGGUUGUCUUUUCGUCCGUCACGUUCAUCAGUUCUGUACUGCUGCCCUUUUGUGUGCAGCCUCCCGACAGCAAGAGGCCCGGAUUCACGCCACGACCGCCUCCUGGCAUUGCCGCACUUCUCAAGAAGAUCACUGCGAUUCGACCGGACCUGCAAACGACGUGGCUGAUAUCCCACGUGAUGUUCGCUGCAACCAUGAUCUUCGCUCCUCUGGCACAGUCCCGCGCGUUUGCGACUUUUCUUGUGGCAAUCUGCGGCAUUCCGUGGGCUGUCACCAGCUGGGCGCCUUUUGCAUUCAUGGGAGUGGAAAUCAAUAAGCUGGCCAUGGGCCCCGCAGCGGCUGCGCGCACAUCCGGCGUGACGAUGAUCACAUCCUCUAGCUUUCGCACAGGCAACUAUGACGCGGAUACGGAAAUGGAUGUCUUGCGACUGAAUCAUCAUGACACGGACAGCGACAGCGACCUUGAGGACAAUGCCGCCGAUAUCCCGUCCACUGGCGAGCUCGCUGGUAUCUACCUCGGCGUGCUGAAUGUAUAUACCACCUUACCGCAAUUCGUCGGUACCUUCAUCAGCUGGAUCGUUUUCAGUCUCUUUGAGCCUGGUAGCACGAAGCGGGACGAGUCGGCGCAGGAUUCGCGAUGGAUCAACCAGGACAAGGAUGCACCCAAUGCCAUCUCGAUCUGUCUGUUUGUAGGUGCCAUCUGUGCGCUCGUGGCGGUCGAAGCGACUCGACGACUGCGAUAUGCUCGCUAG